GACAUGAGUGUCAAUUGCUCUCUGUGGCAGGAAAACAGCUUGUCUGUCAAACGCUUUGUGUUUGCCAAGUUCUCUGAGGUCCCUGGAGAAUGCUUCCUCCUGUUCACCCUCAUCCUCCUCAUGUUCUUAGUGUCCCUGAAAGGAAAUGCACUCAUAGCCCUUGCUAUCUGCACCAGUCCAUCCCUGCACACCCCCAUGUACUUCUUCCUAGCCAACUUGUCUCUCCUGGAGAUGGGCUACACUUGCUCUGUCAUACCCAAGAUGCUGCAAAGCCUUGUGACUGAGGCCCGGGGGAUCUCUCGGGAGGGUUGUGCCACACAGAUGUUUUUCUUCAUAUUCUUUGGUAUAACCGAGUGCUGCCUAUUGGCAGCCAUGGCCUUUGACCGCUACAUGGCCAUAUGCGCCCCACUACACUAUGCAACCCGAAUGAGUCGUGGAGUAUGUGCCCAUUUGGCAAUAGUUUCAUGGGGAAUGGGAUGCAUAGUGGGGUUGGGACAGACCAAUUUUAUUUUCUCCUUGGACUUCUGUGGACCCUGUGAGAUAGACCACUUCUUCUGUGACCUUCCACCUCUCCUGGCACUUGCCUGUGGAGAUACAUCCCAAAACGAGGCUGCAAUCUUUGUCGCAGCAGUCCUCUGCAUAUUCAGCCCAUUUUUACUGAUCAUUUCUUCCUAUGUCAGAAUUCUGGUUGCAGUGUUGGUGAUGCCUUCACCUGAGGGACGCCAUAAAGCUCUUUCCACCUGUUCCUCCCACCUACUUGUAGUUACACUCUUCUAUGGCUCAACAUCUGCCACCUACUUGAGACCCAAGUCUAGCCACGCACCAGGAAUGGACAAACUCUUGGCCCUCUUCUAUACAGCAGUGACAUCCAUGCUAAACCCCAUCAUCUAUAGUUUACGGAACAAGGAAGUAAAGGCAGCACUGAGAAGAACUCUGGGACUGAGAGAAGUUCUGACAAUGAAUAGGUGA